UCAAUCUUUUUUAUUCAUAAUAAUAAAAUAACUUUUAAGUGUUAAUAUUUUUUUUUCGAAAAUGUCUUAGUUUUUAAUGUUUGUGUUUUAUUAUUAUUUAUUUGUUUGUUUAUUUUAGUCUGCUAAUAAUCAGCAUUAAUCAAUGUGAUCGUGUGUGUUGUUUAAGUUAAUUUAGGAUGAAAGAAAAAAUGCCGCCAUUCAAACGUAAGAAAACGACAGGAAAAUCUUUUCCUGUCAAAGUAUGCACAUUAGAUGCCGAAUUAGAAUUUAACCUAGAGUUGAAGGCUACUGGCCGAGAUCUUUUCGACUUAGUCUGCCGUACUAUUGGAUUACGAGAAACCUGGUAUUUUGGGUUGCAGUAUGAAGAUUCGAAAGGAUUUAUUGCUUGGUUAAAAUUAGAUAAAAAAGUACAAGAUCAAGGAAUUCCUCAACAAACCACAAUGCCAUUUAUGUUCCUUGCAAAAUUUUAUCCUGAAGAAGUAGCUGAAGAACUUGUUCAAGAAGUUACUCAACACUUAUUUUUUUUACAAGUUAAUCGUGCCAUUUUAGCUAUGGAUAUUUAUUGUCCGCCUGAAGCUUCUGUUUUAUUAGCUUCAUAUGCUGUGCAAGCGAAAUAUGGUGAUUAUGAUGAAGGAACUUAUAAGCCAGGAAUGCUUGCCAGUGAAGAAUUAUUACCUCAAAGAGUAAUUGAUCAAUAUCAAAUGACAGCAGAAAUGUGGGAAGAGCGAAUUAAAGUUUGGUAUGCUGAUCAUAGAGGAAUGUCAAGGGAUGAAUCUGAAAUUGAAUAUUUGAAAAUCGCUCAAGAUUUAGAUAUGUAUGGUGUAAAUUAUUUUCCCAUCAGUAACAAAAAAGAUACAGAUUUGUGGUUAGGAGUUACAUCUUUAGGACUUAAUAUUUAUGAAAAAGAGAACAAAUUAACUCCAAAAACAACAUUCCAAUGGUCUGAAAUCAGACAUGUUAGUUUUGAUGAUAAAAAAUUUACUAUUAAACCUGUUGAUAAGACAUCACCAAAUUUUGUAUUCUUUUCACACAAAGUUCGAAUGAAUAAAUUGAUUUUAGACCUGUGUAUAGGAAAUCAUGAUCUUUUUAUGAGGAGACGUAAACCAGAUUCAAUGGAAGUUCAACAAAUGAAAACACAAGCAAAAGAAGAAAAAUCUCGACGACAAAUUGAACGCAAUAAAUUGGCACGUGAAAAACAAUUAAGAGAAAUUGCAGAAAAAGAAAAAUCGAUUAUGGAACAACGAUUGAUGCAAUACCAAGAAGAAAUCCGUUUAGCAAAUGAAGCAUUAAGGCGAUCUGAAGAGACUGCUGAUCUUUUGGCUGAAAAGUCUCGAGUUGCAGAAGAAGAAGCUAUGUUGCUAGGUCAAAAAGCAUCUGAAGCUGAACAUAAAAUAACUCAAUUUCGUUUAACUGCACUUAAAACUGAAGAAGAAAAAGUAAGUCUUGAACGGAAAACACGGGAAGCUGAACAAUUGACUGCUCGACUUGUUGAUGAAUCUGAAAGACGAGCAGCUGAAGCAAAUAAACUUAAAGAAGAGUUGCUUAGAGCUCGUGUUGCUGAAAAGCAAGCAAAAGAAAAAUUGCUGGAGUUCCUUUCUAGAAAUGCAUAUGUUAAUACUAGUGUUUCGAGUUUGUAUUCAGUGUCAAGUAGUUCAGUAUUAGACCUUCCUGCUGAUCUUCAUGCGUUAAGAUUAAAUGCCAAUUCACCAUCACUUUCUCUUACUCAUUCUACACCCCCAGCACUUGUAGAUCAUCAUUUACCAGCAUAUGACUUUAUUGCUGAUAAUGAUAUGGAACAGCUAUCAUUAGAAAUUGAAAAAGAAAGAGUUCAAUAUUUAGAAAAGAGUAAAAACCUUCAAGAUCAAUUAAGAGACUUAAAAACAGAAAUUGAAGUGCUAAAAGUAGAUGAAAAGCAAUGUGAAUUGGAUAUGUUACAUGAUGAACAAGUACGACUCGGAGAAAACAAAUACUCUACAUUAAAAAAGUAAAUAAUUUAAACUAUAAUAUAUUUUUAAGUACGCUUAAUUAUUUUGGUUUCAAACUCAUCACUUUUUUUUUUAAAUAUUAUUAAAAUGAAUGUAAAACUUAAUACUUUAAAUUGAACUUAGUAAAAUCAAAUUAAAGACUAAAUAGUAAAUUAUAUCAUGUAGAUUGUAAAGCUAUAUAGUGCCAGUUAUGCUUUAUACUUGCUAUAUUUAGAUAAUAAAGGUUAAUAAUGUUAAUUAAUUACUCAGACUUAAAUGAAACUAAGAAUUUCCUAUAGUUUAAUAAUGUAUUAUGAAUAGUCUUAGCUUUUCUUCUUUGAAUUUGAAUACUCUUUUUAGACAAAACUAUAUAAAUACAUUAGAGCUGAACAAUUACAAAAUAAAAUAUAUAUAUAUUUAAAAUCAAUAUAGGUAAAUCAUUUAUAAAUUUAAUGAGAAUCAAUAUAAUAUUCAAAGUUAAAGUUAUUAUUUUUUGGAGUAUUUGAAUUUCUUAUAUGAAUACCUCCUUUUAGUUAAAUAAUCUUAAACACUACAAAAUAUAUGUUUAAAUAAAUAUUUCAAUACAAAAACUAAAGUUUCAUUUUUAGGUCAUAAUUUUAAGUUUUGUACUACCACUCAAAUUUUUUGGUGAUGAGUCUGUCAGCUAUAGUUGACAUUGGGUACAUUUCAUUGAACAAUAUAAAAUUUAAAAAAAUGUAAUGACAAUAUUGUAUGUCAUAAGAAGUUAUUUAAAAUGUUCUAAUUACAAUUAUGUAAAAAUAUGUUUGCACAGUUUUAAUUUAAUAUUUUGAGUUUUUUCACUUUACUCAAAUAAGCACUUUAUGUUACAAUUAAUAAACAGUUGUAACAACGUAAUAAAGAAUAAUUCAUUAUUAACUAUUUUAUACUGAAUAAUUGAGAUAGUAACUAACUAAAUUUGAAAGUUAUCAUUAUACUAUUUAUGUAUUAAAGUUUCAUACCAAUAAAACAUGUAAAUAAUUUUUUAUUAUCAUUGUAAUUACACUGACUGAACAAAAAAUAAUUAAAAUUAAUAGUAUCCUUUUUUAUAUAACACUUAAUUAUAAUUAUAUGCUAAUUUUUUAAAUAGGUGAAGUGUGGAUCAACUAAGGCUCGUGUUGCAUACUUUGAGGAGUUAUGACAAAUCAAAAUCAAAAUUAUAGAAUCUCCAACACAUCUAUCACUCAAUUUAAAUGUAUGUACAAAUACUUGUGCGUAUAUCCUGUUUUUACUUAUAAACGAACAAAAUAAACCACGUAUAGUGGGUAAACUAAUAAUUUAUACUUUUUAAAAAUAAUAUUUUGUUCAUCACCUAACGAACAAUGUCAAUCAAAUAAAAAUAUAUUAGUUUUAUUUUAAUUA